AGCUCAGAGGGCUGCUGAAAAGGGUAUGCACUUGCGAAGAGUCUAGCGGAGCCGGGACUGAAAAAGACGGCGGUGAUAAGAAACCGGUUCGGAGGGGAGCUGCUGUUGCGUUCUAGAGCGCCGUGGCCAUGGGAGUGGAAGUGGAGACAAUUUCUCCGGGAGACGGAAGGACUUUCCCAAAGAAAGGCCAGACGUGUGUAGUCCAUUACACAGGUUUGAUGAGAACAGGAAGCGUUUAUCUUGCUUUGACAGGAAUGCUGCAGAAUGGAAAGAAGUUUGAUUCCUCCCGAGAUCGAAACAAGCCUUUCAGGUUCAAGACCGGUAGACAGGAAGUCAUUAAAGGAUUUGAAGAAGGAGCUGCACAGAUGAGCCUCGGACAAAGGGCAAAACUCACUUGUACACCUGAUAUGGCAUAUGGAACAACAGGUCAUCCUGGAGUUAUCCCACCAAAUGCUACUUUAAUUUUUGAUGUGGAGCUGCUCAGGAUAGAAUAAAAUGGGACUAAUAAUUCAAGGAAUCUGUUUGUUAACCAGUGUUCUUUCCCAGUUCUUUUUAAUGGAAGGAAUCUCACUGGAAUUUCUGUCAUCUUCACUCAAGCUGUCACACCAAUAAUGCUUAUGAAGUUGUUUUCUCUACUUCCUUUCCCCCUUUUUUAAAAUGGGUUAUUGGUGUUGGUAUUUGUUCAGUUGCUUCUUUGCUACGGAGAUGGAAGUUGUACAUAUUAUUUUGCAUGUGAAGCUUCAAAAUUGUGGUUAGAAUUAAAUAUUUAUUAAAAACUAUAUGUAGAUGUUAGUUAUUGAAAAACCACUGCCUUAUAAUCCACUAAAGGAAUACACAUUAGGUGCUCAGAAAGCCACUGUACACCAUGUGCACAAGUAGGCAUUAGCCAAACCAAGUUACCUGCGCUGCCACUUUUUCCUCAAGUUGUUCCACUUGCAGCUGUUUCAAAUAACACAUCUCAUGAAAACUUUCCAGAAAGAAAAAUAAAAUAUUGAUAUUUUA